GGAACAGAGCUGAGGGGAAGGACAACAUGCGGUGUUUGUUGACCGUGUCUUUUUGAAGGGCCUUUGUAUGAGGGUUCUGAGGGACUCCUUUUAGUUCCCUCUCUUUCCUACCCCUGGCUCUUGCCAGCUCUCCUAAUACUGUCUUGGAAGACGUCAAACUGCUGUGAUUACUGAGGGGAAGUGCAGUGACCCGUGACAUCUCCAGAAGCCACGUGUGCAAGAAGAGGCUUUGGGAAGCGUGUGGCAGAAGUCUCAGAAACGUGAGCGGUGUUUGGUGAAUGCGCUCUGGUAGCAAGGAGCUCUGUGGGGUGAAGCUCUGUGAUCCUGAUGCCAGGGGCUCUGGUGAGUGCCAGUGCCGGGAUGUCCCUGGGGAAAGAAACCAGCAAAAGGCAGCAGUGCUGACACUGAUGGGAGGUUCCCUCCUCAAAGAGGAAGGCUCUUUCACCACAUACGACUUGCUCAUGAGGCUGCUUCCUUCCUCUGGUUGCAAUUCUUGCAAUCACGGAUGCCAGUGCUUGGAGGCAGCAAGUGGGGCUGAGGUCUGAGUUGUGCCCAGGGACUGGAUGCUAGCAUGGCCCUGCAGUUGCUGGCUCUGACCUUUCUCCUGGUCCUCGUCCCUCUGCUGGGAGCACAGGCACAAGAAGAUACUGGUCCCAAGACCCAAGGAGUACCCCGGGAAACAGAAAUGUGCCAAAAGCCCUCGUGGGACACAAGACUCCGUCUGGCACCAGACCAGGAGGAGUACAGGAGGAACGAAGAAGUGAUGCUGAGCUGCCCUGAGGGUUUACAUCCAUCUUUCAGCCACAUCAAAUGUUCAAGAGAAGUCCAGUCCAUCAGCACUGGGAAACCUGUGUACAGAGAAGUUUGGAUGGGAAAGGGCACGGGAGGUGCCUGGACCCGCAUUCGCUCCAUGGUGGAGUGCGUGGAGGCCUUCCAGGUUGUGCCUGGGACUUUGGAGGCUUCCACCACCAGCAUCAAACUGAACUGGACCUGCAGUCUGCCUGAUGCCUGCCAGCGCAUGCAGGCCACGUGCAGGCUGGAAGGGCCUUCCUCCCCUCCCUGUGAGGCUGAGGAGGUCACGGGACAGGAGAUGCUGCACGGCCAAAAUGGAACAUUUACCUGCAACCACCUGCAGCCCUUCACGGACUACAGUGUCACCAUCUCAGUGCCCCCCAGCACGAUCCUAUUUACAUGGGUGAUCAGGACAGAAGAAACAGUGCCCGAGAAGCCGGAGCGGCUGUGGCUGGAUGCCAGCACGGGGACGCUGCGGUGGCAGGCGCUGCCCUGCUGCAAAGGGGAGAUCCUUGGAUACCAGCUGAACGUCACCGCCAGGGGCCCGCAGGACGGCGGCUUCCUCCAGGUCGAGCGGCUGAGGCUGAGCAGCUCCGUCACGGAGCACCCGCUGCCUGCGCACGGCCCUGGCACCAGCUACACGGUGGCCGUGCGGGGCCUCACGGCUGCCGGGGCCGGCGCAGCAUUGCUGGAGGAGUUUCAGACCAACAGCUCGGAGACCUCGGACCCUCCUGAUGUCAGCUCCCGCCUUGUGCGCGACAUCUCCCCAUCCCAAGGCACGGCCGUGCUUCCCCUCCGCCCCAUCACCUGGGUCCCCGAGGCGGGCAGCGAGCACCAGCUCCUCGUGGCUGCGACGCACAACGGCACGGCGCUGGAAGGCGCCUGCUCGGGGGAGCUGCAGCCCUUCAACGCCAGCCGCCCACCCGACGCCUACGUGGCCGCCGUGCUCAACCUCACCGCCCCCACGGCCUUCGUGCUGGGCGACGGGACCCACGGGCACGGCUUCCACAACGCUCCCCUGCGCCCGGGCUCGGACUACACCGCCCUCCUCCGCCUCGUGCGGCGCUCCCAGCAGGAGGAGACGUUCACCUGCGUGUGCUACAGCUUCUCUGUGGUUGCAGGGCAGCCCCCUGGCUCAUGGACCGGGAUUGUGACUGGAGUGGUUGUGCUGUUGUUGCUGCUUCUCCUGUUUGCAGGCAUUGUGUGGUUCGUGCUGUCCAGGAGAAGGAAGGCUGUACCCAUCAAAGCUAAGGAGAACAAUUAAAAAGGUAGAAAAAUGCCAUUCCCUGGGCUGUCGUCACACCGUCACAAAGCAGAGCUCUCCUGGGGGGGGCUGACCCUCAGGAGGAACACCCGCUCAUCCCCUUCUCUGACACCUACCCCAUUUGCCCCAGCCCCACCGUGGCCAGGCUGGAGAGCCGUCGUCCCAGCCCCUGCCUGUCCCAGAGUACUCGGCAAUGGUCACAGCAGUGGUGCAGAGAAGAUGGGGUGGUCGUCCCUGGAUCAGUGCUGUCAGCAGCUGGGCACCGGGCUCUCCUGUGACCAUCACCAGCACUGGGGGUCCCAUCCGGUUCAGCAGAGCAGGAGGAAAGCAGGAAGCCAAGGAGGGUCACCAGCUUUUUCUUCCCUGACCCCCUCCACUCCCCAGCUUUUGCUUACUGUUGAAAGGCCCGGCACUCUUUAAUGAGGCUUUCUGUAGUUCCUUUUUCUAGACUUUGAUUUUGCUUUCCUGGAAGCAGGAACUGGACACGUUCUUUGACUCAGAGAGAAGCUCAGGCUGAGCUCCUGCCAUGUCCCGGGUUCCCCACCCAUCUCCGCCUCCAUAUGCUGAAAUCCAGCCAAACCCAGGGCUCUGCUCGGGCUUGGUGUGACUGCACUGCCCUUGCCACUCUGCCUGCUCUGUCCAGACAACCAAUAAAUGUGGUUUGGAGGGGACUGCCUGCCCCA